AUGAGUUCCUUCAGCUACGAGCCGUACUACUCGACCUCCUACAAGCGGCGCUACGUGGAGACGCCCCGGGUGCACAUCUCCAGCGUGCGCAGCGGCUACAGCACCGCGCGCUCCGCGUACUCCAGCUACUCGGCGCCCGUCUCCUCGCUGUCCGUGCGCCGCAGCUACUCGUCCAGCUCCGGCUCCCUGAUGCCCAGUCUCGAGAACCUCGACCUGAGCCAGGUGGCCGCCAUCAGCAACGACCUCAAGUCGAUCCGCACGCAGGAGAAGGCGCAGCUGCAGGACCUCAACGACCGCUUCGCCAGCUUCAUCGAGCGCGUGCACGAGCUGGAGCAGCAGAACAAGGUGCUGGAGGCCGAGCUGCUGGUGCUGCGGCAGAAGCACUCGGAGCCGUCGCGCUUCCGGGCGCUGUACGAGCAGGAGAUCCGCGACCUGCGCCUGGCGGCCGAAGACGCCACCAACGAGAAGCAGGCGCUGCAGGGCGAGCGCGAGGGGCUGGAGGAGACGCUGCGCAGCCUGCAGGCGCGCUACGAGGAAGAGGUGCUGAACCGCGAGGACGCCGAGGGCCGGCUGAUGGAGGCGCGCAAAGGCGCGGACGAGGCGGCUCUGGCCCGCGCGGAGCUCGAAAAGCGCAUCGACAGCCUGAUGGACGAAAUCGCCUUUCUGAAGAAGGUGCACGAAGAGGAGAUCGCCGAGCUGCAGGCGCAGAUCCAGUACGCUCAGAUCUCCGUGGAGAUGGACGUGUCCUCCAAGCCCGACCUCUCCGCCGCGCUCAAGGACAUCCGCGCCCAGUACGAGAAGCUGGCUGCCAAGAACAUGCAGAAUGCCGAGGAAUGGUUCAAGAGCCGCUUCACCGUGCUCACCGAGAGCGCCGCCAAGAACACCGACGCGGUGCGCGCCGCCAAGGACGAGGUGUCCGAGAGCCGCCGCCUGCUCAAGGCCAAGACCCUGGAGAUCGAAGCCUGCCGGGGCAUGAACGAAGCGCUGGAAAAGCAGCUGCAAGAGCUGGAGGACAAGCAGAACGCCGACAUCAGUGCUAUGCAGGACACAAUCAACAAAUUAGAAAAUGAGUUGAGAACUACAAAGAGUGAAAUGGCACGGUAUUUAAAAGAAUACCAGGACCUCCUCAAUGUGAAGAUGGCUUUGGACAUUGAGAUUGCAGCUUACAGGAAACUCUUGGAAGGUGAGGAGACCCGGCUCAGUUUCACCAGCGUGGGAAGCAUAGCCAGCGGCUACUCCCAGAGUUCCCAGGUCUUUGGCCGAUCUGCCUACGGUGGUUUACAGACCAGCUCCUACUUGAUGUCCGCUCGCUCCUUCCCUUCUUACUACACCAGCCACGUCCAGGAGGAGCAGAUCGAGGUCGAGGAGACCAUUGAGGCUGCAAAAGCUGAGGAAGCUAAGGAUGAACCCCCCUCUGAAGGAGAAGCUGAAGAGGAGGAGAAGGAGAAGGAAGAGGCUGAGGAAGAGGAAGGAGAGGAAGAGGAAGAAGGUGCCAAGGAAGAAUUUGAGGACGCAAAGGAGGAAGAAGGAGGUGAAGGUGAAGGAGAAGAUGCCCAAGAAGCUGAGGACGAGAAGAAAGAUGAAGGUGCUGGGGAGGAGCAAGCAACCAAGAAGAAAGAUUGAGCCCCCCCGCCCCCC